AUGAAUACCAUUGAGACAGCAAAGCUUGAAGAGCAUAUGGAGGGUCAAAACAAUGACACUUCCAAUGGCUACUCACGACCUACUCUCUCAGUCAGUGAAGAGAACAAAAAUGGCACUAGCAAACCAAAGGGCUUGUCUAAUGGCUUGCGAAAAACAACAAAGAAAUAUCCUGAUUACAUCCAAAUUGCUAUGCCUGCUGAGUCUAGGAACAAAUUUCCUCUGGAAUGGUGGAAAACAGGCAUUGCCUUUGUCUAUGCUCUCUUCAACUUGAUUCUAACAACUGUCAUGAUCACUGUGGUCCAUGAGAGAGUACCUCCAAAGGAGCUAAGCCCUCCAUUGCCUGACAAGUUUUUUGAUUACAUUGAUCGUGUGAAAUGGGCUUUUUCUGUAUCAGAAAUAAAUGGAAUGAUACUAGUUGGGUUAUGGAUAUUCCAGUGGUUGUUUCUUAGAUACAAAUCAAUAGUGGGACGCAGGUUCUUUUUUAUAAUAGGAACUUUGUACCUGUACCGCUGUAUCACUAUGUACGUUACCACCUUACCUGUGCCUGGGAUGCAUUUUCAGUGUGCACCAAAGUUGAAUGGAGAUUCUCAGGCAAAGGUUCAGAGGAUCCUGCGACUGAUUUCUGGUGGCGGUCUGUCCAUAACUGGAUCACACAUCCUGUGUGGAGACUUCCUGUUCAGUGGUCACACUGUGGUAUUAACUCUGAUCUACCUGUUCAUCAAAGAGUAUUCCCCACGUCAUUUCUGGUGGUAUCACUUAAUCUGCUGGCUCAUGAGUGCUGCUGGCAUUAUUUGUAUCCUUGUUGCUCAUGAGCACUAUACCGUGGACGUCAUCAUUGCUUAUUAUAUCACCACACGGCUUUUCUGGUGGUACCACUCGAUGGCCAAUGAAAAGACUUUAAAGGUCUCUUCGCAGACAAACUUUCUCUCUCGAGCAUGGUGGUACCCAAUAUUUUAUUUCUUUGAGAAGAACGUGCAAGGCUCUGUUCCUUGCAGCUUUUCCUGGCCAAUAUCUUGGCCUCCAGGCUGCUUCAAAUCUUCAUGCAAAAAGUAUUCACGGGUUCAGAAGACAGGAGAGGACAAUGAAAAAUCUACUUGA